ACGUCACAAAGAGGAAUCGCAUUUGCUGUUUUUGCCUCAGUCACUACUUUGUGCUGUCUCAAGAGAUGGAUCUCAAUCAGUUAAGUGGUAGCCAAAAGGCCAUUUUAAAACAGUUUCGCGAGACAAUCAAAGACUGUCAACUGCCUAACUCUGAAGAUGCGUACCUUGCACGUUGGCUGAUUGCCCGCGAUUUCGACAUUCCUAAAGCUGAAAAAAUGCUUCGCACUUCGUUGGAAUGGCGUCGUCAACACAAAAUCGACACCAUUCGGGAUGAUCUUAAACCGUCGGAAGUGUUAACCAACUACGUGUCUGCGAGUUUGGUUGGUCGGGAUAAAACGCAAAGUCCUUUAUGGAUUACGCGAUACGGAAGGAUGGAUAUGAAAGGCAUUUUGCGCUCUGCCAAAAAGAGAGACUUCAUCAUGUACGUUGUCUACCUGGUGGAGACCAGCAUUUGGCGAGUCAUUUCUGAUCCGAAAAAGUAUAAACGUUCUCCGGAUACUAUGGUUCAAACCACUGUUAUCUUCGACUUGGAAGGUUUAUCGAUGCAGCACAUAACUAACAAGCAAGCUGUGGAUGCUGCCAUAAAAAUUAUUCAAAUCUAUGAAGCCAACUAUCCUGAAUAUCUCAGCCGUGUAUUCGUCAUUAACGCUCCCAAGGUCUUCAGCAUUGCCUAUCCCAUACUGAAGCCAUUCAUCCACGAACGCACCAGGGAUAAGAUCAAAAUCUUUGGUCACGAUUCGAAACAGUGGAAAGCUGCCAUUUUGGCUGAAGUUGAUCCGGAAGAAUUGCCGGCCGCAUACGGAGGAACUAUGACCGACCCCGAUGGCAACCCUGACUGCAUAACAAUAGCAAGUUUUCUUUUUUUUUUUUUUUUUUUAAAUAAUCUAUAUUACAAUUAUUAAUUCCAUCAAAUGCAGGUGAAUAUGGGAGGGGAAGUUCCAAAAUCUUAUUACUUUAGCUGCAAACCGGACACGGCUAAUAAGAAAACGUUGUCCGUUUCGAGUGGUUCCAAGGAGCAAUUGGAAUUCCAAGUGGAUAAAGCUGGCAGCGUUUUAAAGUGGAAUUUCCAUUGCGAAGAUGGCGAUAUUGCGUUUGCCGUGUACCGGAAACAAGAAAGUGCACUGAUUCCGAUCGUUCCCUCUGAUCGAGUUGAUUGUCAGAUGUCCCCUGAAGAAGGAGAACUUGAUUGCGAUGAAACCGGUGUCUACGUCGUCGAGUUCGAUAACGGCUUUAGUUACCUCCGUUCAAAGAAGGUUUGGUACGCGAUUUCGGUGGAAUCAGCCGCGGUAAGAGGUGCAGAUGGGAUUGCAUUGGAUUAGGGAAUGGAACAGUUGAAAAAAAUGAUGACGAAAGCUGUUUUGGUUAUC